GUUUUGAAAAUUGAUUUUUUGAAUUGAAAAAAAUGUCCGAUUUAUCAGCAUCAUCAUCAUCGUCGUCGUCGUCAUCAUCAUCCACAUCAUCAACGGAAAAUCUGAAAAAACUUUUGAUGAUUUCAAAAAGUGAUUCAUCUACUACCACUAAGCAACUACGACCAGCAACAACAAAACCACCAGGACCAGCUGCUGGUGGUUUUUUCGAGAUACAUUUGCCAGAAAAUUGGGGCACAAUUCGUCUAUGGGCCGAACAACAACAAGUUAAUGAUAAUGGAUAUGAUCAUUAUAUAUUACGUUUCAAUGAUCCAACACAGACAUCUGAACCACCAAAACCAUUGGAAGGUAAUCAAAUUGUACAAGAACGUUUUGGUCAAGAUAUUAAAGAAACAAAUGCUGUUACUGUUUGCAGUGGUAAUGUAGAACAAACCUUGGAACCAUUAGUACGACCACAGCCAAAAGAAACUGUUAAAAUUCAAUGGAAUGAAUAUUCAUAUGAUCCAUUUCCUGAAACAAACAAAACAAUUACCGAACAACAGCAACAGCAAGAAUCUGUUCCCGAUCAACACCAAUCCAGUAGACAUUUUGAAGAAACGCUUAGAAGAAGGGGUUAA